GGACAUCCCUAGUUACAGCUACGCCCACUACCAGGGUUUAGCCCUUAACAAAAUCAUGGACUCUCUUAUCAAUUCAACAGAGAGUGGUAGAAAGCAGAGUACACAGGGUGGCAGAAAUCAGGGCACGGGCAGAAGAGGAGCAGGUAUCUCUGAACACCAAACUGACUUGCAAAGUGUGUAGGAUCUGGUAACAACAGGCAGUUGGGUGUGCUGUACAGGGACCGGUGCGUUCUGUGUAUUGUUCCUUUCUCCUGCAAUUACUGUGUGUCAGGCGGAGAUGACAGUGGAGGGAGAAUGGUCCCCGGCUGAGGGGGAACAUGGACUUGGAACAAAGGAGGAGAUGUCUCCUCUCAAGUCUGUGGAAGGAAAGGAGAAUGGGGAGUUGGGCCCAGUAACCACAGAGGGAGAAAAACUGAAGGCCAGUGAUGAUGAGGAUCCUGAGGUAGCCAAGGAGUCCGCACAGGACAAGGAGUUCCAGCCCCCAGAAGGAGGAUGGGGGUGGAUGGUAAUGUUGGCAGCAAUGUGGUGCAAUGGUUCGGUGUUUGGCAUCCAGAACGCAUGUGGGGUGCUAUUUGUGUCGCUCAUUGAGGUGUUCGGCUCGAAAGAUGACCCAGCACUGACAUUUAAGACAGCAUGGGUUAAUUCUCUGUCCAUGGGUAUGAUCUUCUUCUGCUCUCCUGUGGUCAGCGUAUUUACAGACAUAUUUGGGUGUCGAAAGACGGCAGUGGUCGGGGCUGCAGUGGGUAUCAUUGGACUUCUCUCUAGUUCAUUUGUAAGCUCUUUGGAGCCCCUGUAUUUUACAUAUGGGAUAUUAUUUGCGUGUGGAUGUUCAUUUGCAUACCAGCCAUCACUUGUCAUCCUGGGACACUACUUCAAGAAGCGCCUGGGACUGGUUAAUGGAAUAGUCACUGCAGGCAGCAGUCUGUUUACUGUCUCACUUCCCUUCGUUCUGAGAUUCCUGCUUGAUCAGAUUGGCCUCUUUAACACUUUGCGGGUCCUGUGCAUCCUGAUGUUCAUCCUCUUCUUGGCUGGAUUCACAUAUAAACCACUGGUCCCACAGCGCAGCAAUUUGGAAUUUAGAAAAAAUGGCAAGUUCAGGUGUCCGUCAAUACGCAAAAUCUUUAAUUUCUCUAUUUUCAAGUCUAAAAGUUACUGUAUCUGGGCCUUUGGAAUCCCAGCAGCCCUUUUUGGCUACUUUGUGCCUUAUGUUCAUUUGAUGAAACAUGUCAGAGAGACACUUGGAGAAGAUGUCAAAGAGGAGGUUCUCUUAUUAUGCAUUGGUGUCACAUCUGGAGUUGGAAGAUUAGUCUUUGGAAGAGUUGCAGAUUUCAUUCCUGGUGUGAAGAAAGUCUAUUUACAGGUUGUCUCCUUCUUUUUUAUUGGCUUGAUGUCAAUGAUGAUUCCUUUGUGCCACAGCUUUGGUGGGUUGAUCGCUGUCUGCCUUUUCAUGGGCUUGUUUGAUGGCUGCUUCAUAUGCAUAAUGGCUCCAAUAGCCUUUGAACUUGUUGGACCAGAGAAUGUUUCUCAAGCAAUCGGAUUUUUGCUUGGCUUUAUGUCCAUCCCUAUGACUGUUGGCCCACCUAUUGCAGGUAUUCUGCAUGACCGCCUUGGUUCCUAUGAUGUUGCAUUCUACCUGGCGGGCAUUCCUCCAAUUAUUGGGGGCAUUAUACUAUGCCUGAUCCCAUGGAUCCACCAAAGGACUUUGCAGAAGCAAAUAGAAGCUGUGAACGGAGAAGCUGAAGAGAAAAUGCUAGAGAAACCUGUCAGCACAUUGUUACCAGGCACAGCGGAAAAUGCCAAAAAUGAAGAUGCCUCAGUAGCAUAAUGGGAAUAAUUUACAAGACAGAAUUAAUAUUCAGAUUUACUUGUAACUUCUUCCUUUUGCCUUUCUUUUUUUAUUUUAAAGACAGAUGUGAAUAUUAUACCAGGUGCUACAAAGCCAAAGCUGUAAGAUUACACUAAACUGAUUCCCACCCCAAGGAGUCUGCCAUUUUGGGUUUCAGACAAGGCUGGCAGAGCUCUCACUCAUGCUGGAGGGAAAGGAACUUUCUAUAGGUAUUCAGGAAAACUCUAUGGAGUUAUACCAAUUUUGUAUUCCUAGCAACAAAUGUAAUGUUUCAAAAUAUCUCUAUUUACAUAAAUGAAUAGCACUGGAUAUCAAGGGAAGAUCUUUACAUGUGUGAAAAACAUGUAUAGAAGAUAAAGCAAAACAUGCAAAUAUUUGCAUAGCCACAAAUACUUCAGAUAUAUUCAUUGCCUUUGAUGGGGGCAAAAACUAAAAAACACAAGAACAAAAUAUCCGCAAGGCUAUUGUGGUAAAAAUGGUAUCAGGCUUAACACCAGUAUGAAAUUGUCCAUUGCUUGCAAUAGCUUUUUGUAUAUGAGGCUUUUUGUAAACUGUAGGCUUACAUUACAAGGGAGAUUUAUCAAUGUUCACAUUUUUGACACCUAAAGGCUUGCGAGUUCAUGUAGAAGUCAAUGGGAAUUGUCCUGGGCAAAAUUCAAGUCUUUUUUUUUUUUUUAAUUCCAGAUUUUCAAUUUUAUUUUAGC